AAAGAAAAGGCGAAAAAGUCAAUCCAUCUAUAUUUGUCUGAGAGACAUGAGAAUAAACACUCUGAAAAGAGUGACUGAGAGGAAAAGAGAACAGCUGUCUGUCUGUCUCAGAGAUUCGAAGGGGGCCUCAAAUGUAGAUACACAGAAAAAAAAAAAAGUCCUCAUCAACACUAGUCUAACAUUUCGCAUUAAUGGCUUUGUAACAAACUCAUUCCACUGGAUUUUUCCUUUUCCAAAAAUCAGUUAGGUGUGGUUUUCUGACCCCUCUGCAUAGCAAGCGUCAUGUUGGAGGGAUCAUAUGUUGUUUCAAGUGACUUUCCUUGUGCGUGCGAGCAAGAGAGCAAGUGGAUAUACUAUGCUUUCCAUGUUAUCGAACACUCAAAGGGAAAGCGUCCAUUGGAGGAUGUAAUAGACAUUGGUUUCAGAAAGUCAUCCAAACUGUUUGAUGCCCUAGAGAAGAAGGAAACCGUGCAGUGUCUUUAUGAUCUUUCUCUCUCUCAAGAGGAACAAUCAGAUAAACAGCAUGAUAGUGGCACUCAUUCUGAUUCAACUUCUUUAAUCCCCCAAAUUGGGCGAGACCUUUCAAUAAAUUGCCUGCUUCAUUGCUCAAGGUCAGAUUAUGGGUCAAUUGCUUCAUUGAACCAGAGCUUUAGGUCUUUAAUUCAGAGUGGAGAAUUGUAUAGGCUCAGGAGACGAAUGGGUAUCGUAGAACAUUGGGUUUAUUUCUCUUGCAGCCUCCUUGAAUGGGAGGCCUUUGAUCCCAUUCGCUGUAGGUGGAUGCAUUUGCCAACAAUGACAUCAAAUGAAUGCUUCAUGUGUUCCGACAAGGAAUCACUGGCAGUUGGUACUGAACUUCUUGUCUUUGGAAAGGAAAUAGAGUCCCAUGUCAUCUACAAAUACAGCAUCCUGACCAACUCAUGGUCAUCGGGUAUGAAGACAAAGACACCUAGGUGCCUCUUUGGCUCGGCAAGCCUUGGGGAAAUUGCAAUUAUAGCAGGCGGUUGUGACUCAAGGGGCAAUAUACUAAGCUCUGCUGAGCUUUAUAAUGCAGAGAAAGGAACAUGGGAGACUCUCCCAAGCAUGAAUAAACCAAGAAAAUUGUGUUCAGGAGUAUUCAUGGAUGGGAAGUUCUAUGUAAUUGGUGGGGUUGGUGUUGGCAAUUCAAAUGUACUUACUUGUGGCGAAGUGUAUGAUUUCAAAGCAAAGUCUUGGAUUGAGGUACCUGAUAUGUUCCCAACACGUAAUAGGGGGGCUGGAGCUAAUGAUCCUCCUGCGGUAGCUAAGGCACCUCCACUCUUAGCAGUUGUGAAGAAUGAGUUAUAUGCUGCUUAUUAUGCUGAAAAUGAAGUCUGGAAAUAUGAUAAGGGAAGAAACUUAUGGAUUACUGUAGGAAGAUUGCCUGAGCAGGCAACCUCUAUGAACGGUUGGGGGCUAGCAUUUAGGGCAUGUGGAGAUCAGCUGAUAGUUAUUGGAGGACCUAGGGCGUUGAAUGGCCGAUUCAUUGAGAUCAAUUCUUGGGAACCUACGGAAGGCGCACCAAAUUGGAAUUUGUUGGGCAGAAAACAUUCAGGAAGUUUUGUCUAUAAUUGUGCGGUGAUGGGUUGCUGAGGUGUCUUAUUUUGGAUAUGAGUACCAAAAUCUGUAUGAUCUACUCAAACUCACCUGUUUGCUCUUUGAUCUUUUGCUGCCAAUCUGUAUCAUUAUCAAUUGGUUAACGUGAAAAAUUCAUCAUGUGUACAAGUGACAUACACCAAUAAGUUGAAGCAGUCGUAAGGUUCGAAGAUUUGAAAAUAUUACUGAAAACAUUGUCGAAACAGUGUUGUAAAUUGAUAAUUCGGGUUUCAUUUAUAUUUCAGUUUUUGUUCUUCCAUGAAACUGUUCAGUUUGAGCUUAUGUAUUCUAUUUUCUGUCUUUCUAGCAAAUAUGGUUUUUGGUA